AUGCUAAUGGAUGGCUUAGUGUGGAAUGGAAACAGAGAAGUUUCCGCAGGUCGUUUGGACACUUUAAAUACAUUUUUCCUUAACGCUUUGGAAUUAAUUUUACUUAUCAUUCACGUCUCGAAUAAUAUUUUCUUCAUACUACUUUUCAUUUACAAAAGACCCAGAAAACCGGAAAACCCGGGCGGUUCUGAAAAUGUUCACGCUCCGAUUUUUAGAGAAUUAUACAAUUUGUCUUUUCUAUGCGUUAUUUUCGAUGAUAUCUGCCUAUUCACGAGCAUUUUGGGAAACGAAAAAAAUGAAGCAUCUGGUUUCAUUUUUCUAAUUAUGAUGUUGGUGGAAAGUAGUUUGGGAAGUUUUCUUCUCAGUUGUAUCGUUUUGUUAUCACUUCUCGCGUUUCUACAAAGGUUUCUGAUUAUAUAUAUUCCGACGUUCAAGUGGAUUCUGGCGGGAAAUUCCCUGAAACGGGCAAUGAUUCUUCUGCACACUGUGAUGAUUCACUAUUGCUGGGUUUCUACUCGUUGUGACGCAGUUCACAAUAAUCGCCAUUAUUGCAGAAAUGAAGAAUACGAAAAUCAAUUUUUUGUCUAUAAUCUCGUAUUUUUAUUUUUCACUUUUAUCACUGGCGCUUUCUAUUAUCACCUGUUCAAAAUCAUGAAAAACAUGGAAAAUAUAGCUGCCCGGAGUGCUUUACUUAAUCAAUUUAUUCCGGUGUUUUUUGUGCAGCUGAUCUACGUUCUAUUUUUUGUUAUAUCAAUGCUCAUCAGUAGAAUGUACACGAAUUCUGGAAUUAACAAACUGUUUGACCACGUAACUAUUUCACUAACAACCAUAUUCCCAAUUAUCAUUUCAAUUUCUUAUAUCAAAACAAGAUUCGAUUUCAAAACUGUAAUUUUGUCAGUUUUUCGAGCGAACCGGUCGGAGGUGUCGCCAACCUGA